AGGCAUAAUGCGAUGUUUAAGAAAAAUGGUGUUCUGUUAGAUUAAGGAAUCUACGAGAAAGGAUACGAACUAUGAUGUAUUAUUUGUUCAUUUUACUUCUCUUCUCUUCUUUCCUCUCCCUCUCCUCUCAAUUGAACAUCAAUACUAUCCAUGUUCCUAAAUUUACUCAGGUUGGUGAGUCCACGUCUCUGAAGUGUGAUUACGAUCUAGAAGAUGAUAAACUGUACAGUAUCAAGUGGUACAAGGAUAACCAGGAGUUCUACAGAUAUGUUCCAAAGGAUAUUCCUCCUUCACAAAGGUUUCAAGUUCCUGGUUCCGAUGUAAGGUUGGAACUCUCAGACAUGGAGAUUGUUCAUUUACACAACAUAUCAUUAAUAUCUGCUGGACUGUACACUUGUGAAGUUAGUACUGAAGCACCCAGGUUUCGUACUACAGCAGUUACUCAAAAUAUGAGAGUUAUUCAUCCCCCUGAGUCAGGACCUUAUCUUCUUGGAGGUAGAACAUCAGGAUACAGAGUUGGAGAGAUGUUAGACGUAAACUGUUCUUCUCCUGCAUCUCAUCCCCCUGUACUGCUAAAAUUCUACCUGAACGAUGAACCGGUUAAUGAGAAGAAUGUGUACAAGUUUGAACGGCCAGCAGCUAAAGAUGGAUUGACCCCGGCCUUGAGUUCGUACACACUUAGGAUUAAGCGGAUCCAUUUCAGGCAUGGAUAUCUGCACCUGAAGUGUACUGCGGAUAUAUUUAAGACCUAUUACAAGUCAGCUGAAAGGACUUUUCAAGGAAUAGACCUUGGUGAGAAAGCGUUAGGUAGACAGGGUGUUAAUGGUGCUACAACUAUAAAAGAAAAAGUUGUGAACUGUGUACGUGUGCUGAUCUUGUUUGGGAUUUAUCUGAUUUAUUAAAUAAAUCGAAAUAUUAAAAGUGUGGUUUAAUGUUUCAAACAUAAAUGACUUUGUGGCUCAAUUCGAUUUUUAUUCUCGCGCAGUCAAUCUAAAUAUAAUCGAUCAAAAAAAAUAUUCCUUAAAUAAUCUUCUUGAAAAACAUUGAUUUUCAAUUGGCAACAUCUUUGUUUUUUGAUAAUUUUUCUUUUAUUAUCAUCAAUUCGAUGUCAAUGUGAAAAUGCUAAACGAGCAGAACUAAUUUUUGACCAAAACUUAAAAUCAAAUUGUUCAAAAAUGUUAUUGUUUAAAAAAUUAAUAACUUGUUUUACAUAACUUGUUUGGCGUAUUAAUAAGCCUUAAAAUAAUGUUUCAAAGAAAAGAGUGGUUUAAAAAAUACUUAUUCCAGAUAAAAAUAUACAAAAUAUCAAUUUCUUAACUUAAGUAGUAGAUUUAAUUCUAUUGAGCAAUGCUAAACUUAAAUAUUUGGACUUUAAAGAAACCUGUUUAUAAAAAUGAAAGACUAAUAAUACAAUGCAUGUUUAUGUAGAGAAAUAUCCCUGUUUGAAACAACGUCAAAAAUCAAUUUAAAAACAUUAUUAUUAUUCUCCUUGGUUCUCCCUGGCUCUCCAUGGUUCUCUCGGGUUCUCCCUGGUUCUCCCAGGUUCUCCCUGGUUCUCCCAGGUUUUCCCUGGUUCUCGCAGGUUCUCCUUGGUUCUCCCUGGUACUCCCUGGUUCUCCUUGGUUCUCCCUGGUUUUCCCUGAUUCUCCCUGGUUCUCCCUGGUUCUCCUUGGUUCUCUCUGGUUCUCCCUGGUUCUCCCUGGUUCUCCUUGGUUCUCCCUGGUUCUCCCUGGUUUUCCCUGGUACGGUUCUCUCUGGUUCUCUCUGGUUCACAUUGGUUGACCAAUAUUCUAAUCAUUAAGUUAAUUCCGUAUAAAGUUAUGAAUGGUGUUAACUAUAAUGUUGUUAUAUAAUAAAUGUAGAAUUGAAAUAAAUAAAUUUACAAUU